AUGAAUGGGAAUUAUGGCGGCCCAUAUGCUGCCCACUAUGGUGAGCCCGCGCCCAGUCCUGGUCUCCAUGACGAGGAAACCGAGGAGCUGGUCGAAUUGAACUCCGUCCGAAACUAUCGCAGUCCGGCCACACCCGGCGUGGAUCGUCAUGGGAAUAGCUUCGAUUUUCAAUUACACGAACAACCAUCUCCUCGACCCGCCGUGAUUCCCUAUCGCCCAGGACAUGGUCACAGCCCCCCAGAGUAUAGUUCGCCGACGCUUCAACCCACCCCGCGCACCUCUUUUGCCCCAUCUUUUGCCCCAUCUUUUGCUCCAGAUUCCUACGCAGGCACCCCCUACGACUCUCGCUCGGCAUCUCCAACCCUUUAUCACCAUUCCCAACUGCAGAGCCACGCGAGUCUGGCAGCGGCUCCUCUCGUCUCAACCCCAGCCCUAGGCUUUUCGAAAGAAUGGGUUCAAUCGGGAACCAGCUCCAUUGCCCGGAUCAGUGACCGCGAUGAUGCGGAUAUCUGGAAAGGAUGGAAGCGCUGGCUCUUCAGCCUGACCCCAUUCCUGACCUUCGCCAACACCUCUCUCUACCUGUUCUACCUCGGUCUGCGGAUCUACUGUAUCAUUAUGGCCCAGAAUGCUGCCGGCAUCAGUUUCGCCGGCGCCUGGGUGUUUGUCGGAAUUGAAAUCGCCGUCUCGAUUCCCUCGCUGAUGCACAACUGCUGGACCAUGAUGGCGUUGAAAAAGCGCGGCCGACCCAAGCUGCGCCUGACAGGCCACGACUGCCCGACAGUGGAUGUCUUCAUCACCUGCUGCGGUGAGGAAGACGAGGUCGUUCUCGACACGGUUCGCGGUGCCAUUGACCAGGAUUAUCCAUUCGAGCGGUUCCGAGUGAUCGUGCUGGAUGAUGGGAAGUCUGCUACGCUGGAAGACUCCAUCAACAACUUGGCCAUCACCCACCCCAACCUGUACUAUAUGGCGCGCGAGAAAAUCCCCGGCAAGCCUCACCACUUCAAGGCUGGCAACCUGAACUACGGUCUGGACCAGGUUCAUACGUUGCCCGGAGGAGCCAGCCAGUUCAUGGCCGCUCUGGACGCGGAUAUGAUCCCUGAGCAAGACUGGCUGCGUGCCGUGCUUCCCCACCUCCUGGUGGAUCCGAAGAUGGCCCUUGCAUGUCCUCCCCAGCUUUUCUACAACACCCCUGCAUCAGAUCCGCUGGCCCAGAGUCUCGAUUUCUUCGUGCAUGUGAUUGAACCCAUCAAGGACGCGCUCGGCGUGGCUUGGUGCACGGGCUCAGGAUAUGUGGUGCGACGCGAGGCGUUGGAUGCUAUCGGCAACUUCCCAUUGGGCUCGUUGGCUGAGGAUGUCGCGACCUCCACGCUGAUGCUUGGAAAGGGCUACAAGACGGCGUACAUCCACGAGCCGCUUCAAUUUGGUACCGUCCCCGAAGACUAUGGCAGCCACCUGAAGCAGCGGACCCGAUGGGCCAUUGGAACCGUGGACACGGCGUUCAAGCUGAAGUUCUGUCUCUGGGGCGACAGUGUUCGCGCUAUGACUAUUGCUCAGCGCUUCUCGGGAUUUCUGUAUGCCACCCUAAGCUUGUAUACGCUUUUGCUCACGGCCUCUCUCUUCGCCAUCCCGAUCAUUCUGCUAUGGGGGAAGCAGCUCGUUGCCUACGCCAACCAGGACCAGUUGCACUGGCUCAUCUGGGCGUGUUUCGCGUCAACCAUCGCCAACCGUCUCUGUGAGUUUGCGCUGUUCAUUCCCGCGGGCUAUCAUACCGGCCAGCGAGGCUCUCGGUACCAACUCUGGAUGUCCCCAUACAUUGCCCUGUGUAUCGUGCGGUCUUUCAUGCUGCCCAAGUGGCUAGGUGGCCAGACCCAGGCCUUCAAGCCUACGGGCUCUCUGAGCUCGGCCCUGAAUGAGCGCGACCCGAAGCUGCGCAAGAACUUGUUUGUUCGCCUCCGGGUGAUUCUAUUUAACUUCAUGGCCUUGUUCCAUUUCGCCUUUGUCUAUGUUACCCUCGUGGCCGUGGUUAUCUCGACCUAUCGCUGCUUCUCGAUCGAGAGCGGCUUCAAGGGCGUCGUGAUCUGCCUGAUCACACACGCCUUCUGGCCACCGCUGACCUUCCUCUUCAUCUGCACAUCGCUCUGGACGCCGGUCUCCUAUGCCAUCGAUCCCCCCUCGAUGCCCGAGCGUGAGGACCUGCUCACGCGCGACCCGAAGACCGGCGUGGCGCACCCUACUAAGAAGAGCAAGAAGAUCGCAUUUGGUGGCCAAGCCGCCUGGUUUGAAUUGGAGUACACGGUGGCGACGGUUGCAACAGUUCUGAUUUUUGUCUAUUCUUUCUUCUUUUUAAAAGACUUCAUGUAUAUAAUGCAUUACGAGUGA